CACAAGAAGAAAAAAGGGACGAAAGAAAGAAAGAUCAAGAGUUAUAUAUAAUAGUAGUGAUAUAAUACAGAUCGAUCUAUUCAUCGCAUGGAGCAUCGUAAGAAGGUGGCGGCCGUUGCUGUUGUUGCAGCGGCGGUAUUGCUGGCCGCGUCGGCGGUGGCAGAUGCGUACUGCAACGGCGCCGGGCAGUGCGGGAAGUACGGUUGCUGUAGUAAGGGCGGAGUUUGUGGAGACGGCCUGGAGCAGUGUUGUCCCAACUGGUGCGACUUUGAUUGCGACAGAGUCUCUCGCCCCGACUGUCCUCCCCCCGAGGCCUAUCCCAACUUUUUUACCAAUACCACGACUAAUUAUGUCGCCGCCGGAAACGUUACGGCCGCCGCCGGUUAUAACUCAGCUGGCAAGGUUGUUGCCGCCGGGAACUAGCUAGCUAGCGGCGCUAUAUGGUGCAUGCAUGGCCAGCUGGUAGUUGAUCACGAGGUAGGUAGCUAGCUGGAGUCCGAGAGUUGCAUGGAAUAAGACAAAUAAUGAUGAUGUGUAUGGAAUAAAAUAAUCGGCUAGCUGUUGAAGACGUACGUACGUAAUUGGACUUCAGUUCAUACUCUGUAUACGAAUUUCCAUAUUCUGUAAUGGAAAAAUGAAAUGAAAUAAAAUAAAAUCAUAAAAAUAAGGUCUACGUAUGUUUCGAGAUUGUAUGUUGUCUGGUUACAAUUGCAUGCUGGUGUACAAUUUCCAUUUCCGGUAUUGAUUCCUUUGAUUGAGGUAAUCAAUCUCAUCAUUCGUCGUAACUUAAGUUUGAUUAUUGACAUCCUACUAAAUGGGUAUGUGGAGGAAGAGAGAGACCAUUUUAAGAUUUAACCCUAAAUUUUUUAAGUUGAAAAGCAUCGAUUAUUAAAACAUAUAAAUUGCAAUUGGAGGAAUGAUCAUGGAGGAGAAUGUUUGUAAAAGCAACGCGAUCUAAUUUUCUAUAUAGACAACACUUCCAUGAAAAUAAAAAUAAAAACAGGGGAUUUCACCUUAAUUAGGUACUCCCUGGUUGGAAACCCGCCAUACAAAUUAAAUGUUGUUAAUAUUAAAGCUAUGAAUCCCAAAAGUGGUUCAAACAUUGAAAUAUCACUUGAAGUAAGGAUUCGUUUGCUUCAAGGAUUUGCACCAUGGAUUUGGUAUAAAAAAACCAACUAUCAUGGAUUUACACACAAUCCGUUGUUUGUUUUGUAAAAAAUUGUUUAGAUAAAUCUGUGGGUCCCACAGAUUUGGGUUUUUUUUUGCUCCAAAUCCAUGGGCCCCACGGUUUUACAAAUCUCAUUUCAUACCCUGGGAUUUGGAGACAAACUAAAAAACCAUGCUCUCAAAUUACUACUCUAUCUCCAUUAUUUUUCAUUAUUCCUGGAAAAUUGGCGUUCGCCACCGAAGAAGGGCAGGUGCUUCCGUCGGCUGAACUUUAACUUUGCCGCCGUCAACCUUAAACGGCGGACCUAACACCCAGGUAAGCAGGUCUCUGGUUCUUUUGCAAACUCCAUCUGGUUCUUCGAGCAACCCUAGAGAUGGAUGACUCCCAACAUCCACUUUCGUGUACUCGGAAGCAUUAUGAUUUUGUGCUAUUUUGGUUCAUUUGUAGCACCCUUAGGUUAUGAUUUUCUGUACCUUUUCAGUUAUGAUUUGCUGAACAAGGGUAAUAAGGUAAUUGAACAUUU